AUGGUUGUAGAUGUUAGUAAUUUUGAACCUAAUAAGCGUUCUUUAAGCCCUAUUAGAAAUAACAGCGAAGGCUGUCGAUGUUUGCACAACCAAAAAAGCGCUACGAAUGAUAACGAACAUCUAGAUCGUGAAGAAGGAUUAAGUUCUGGAGCCUCUUCCUACCGUAAGGUAAAAUCUAGUGAUGAAAAUAUGUUGAAUAUGCUUUCAAAAGUAUUUCAAAGUACAAAGAAAAGUAUCUGGUCGGCGGUGUUCUCUAACUAUGACCGACCUGUUAGUCAUGACUUUAAACCUAAGGAACCUUCUAGCAGUGUACCGGGAACAUAUGAUACGAUGAGGUCCGAUUUAGUCGGUCGCUUGGAAGACAAUGUUGGUUUAUAUGUCAAAAAACGUCAAUCCUCAGAAUAUGUAAUGAUUCCAAACAAAAAACGCAAACCUAGUGAUGAUAGAGAACCUCUCUUUGAAACCAUCGGGUCUAAAUUUCAUGAAAAGAAAGAACCAGAGCUUGAGGAUAAGCUAAAAAACGCCAUAACCCCUGAGCUAGAUAAUCCGGCGGCAGACCCUUUUAAGUGGGAUAGAGGCAAAUCUGAAUAUCCAUUGCAUACCGGACCUGUACAAUAUGGUACAGCUUUUUAUCGAAGAAGAAGCAAGAUAGACUCUAGUUCGAGAUUAUCUAUUGCCCGUCAAACUUCCUCAAACGAUUCAGUUCCGGCAAUCUCAUUUCUAAAGAUGGUUUACAACGGUGAGUUGAGGACUAACGAAGCUAUAGAAAAUGAACGGCGUGCACAAUUACAGUUACUGGAGUCCAGUACUAGAGAAAGUAAAAGUCUUAAGAAAUCCAUUAUAAACUUGACAGAGAAGAUUAAGGAAAUUCUGAUUGAUAGGCAGCCAUCCGUAAUAUUAGAUAAUGAUGUCAAAAUCAUUAGCGAAAGAAAAGUCGAUCCACUUACAUUAAAACGUAAGGAAUUCUACAAUCAAAAAUUGAAGUUCGAUAGAUCCCUUCUAACAUUCGAAGAGGAGUUUAAAAGCUAUAAGAAAUUGAUUGAAGAGCGAAGACGCAUUCAAUCAGAGAUAAGGAGGAAACAAAGAAAGCUCGUCCCUGAAUUGCCAGAUGAUAUUGUCAAUGACGUGAAGACCGUGCUCAAAAGAAAUGAUAAAUCAAUAUUGAGUAAGAAGAACAAUUUGGAGGUAACUGUGAGAGACUUCAAAACUUUGGCACCUAGAAGGUGGUUAAAUGAUACAAUAAUUGAGUAUUUCAUGAAACAAAUAGAAAAUAAUAACGCAAAAGUGGUAGCAUUUAAUUCCUUUUUCUACACUAAUCUUUCUCAGAAUGGAUACCAAGGUGUAAGGCGGUGGAUGAAAAGGAAGAAGGUCAAAAUUAAUGAUUUAGAUAAAGUUUUCGCACCAAUUAACCUCGACCAGAGUCAUUGGACUCUAGGAGUUAUUGAUAUUGCUAACAAAAGAGUACUAUAUGCAGAUUCUUUAUCCAGUUCUCCAAGUGCGACUAGUUUUGCUAUAAUGAAAGAUUUGCAAAAGUAUGUUAUAGAUGAAAGUGGAGGUAGUCUCGGCGCAGAUUUUGAAUUACAACAUCUUGUUUGUCCCAGACAACCUAACGGUUAUGAUUGCGGUGUGUAUGUCUGCAUAAACUCUUUAUAUAUUUCCAAAGAUCAAGACUUGAAAUUUGACCAUGACGAUGCGACUAGAAUGCGACUUUACAUAGGCAGUAUGAUUUUAUCAGACGGAAAGUGA